ACCGCACCCGUGAUUUGUUUAAAUUAAUUUCGUUAUUUGCAUUUGUAAACAGUCCAUUUGUUGUUUCUCAGCAGACAUGUCUCCUUUGAUAAAGAAAGUUAUUGUGUUCGGUGCAUCUGGUAACACAGGAUUAGCGACUGUUGAAGCAGCCUUAAAAAAAGGUUAUGAAGUUACUGCCUAUGUUAGAGAUAAACAAAAGCUAGGAUCCGUUGAACCAAAUUAUGUUGUUGAAGGCGAUGUCCUCAACAAGUCAGACGUGGGCGAUGCAAUCAAAGGUCACGAUGCUGUCAUUAUUGUUUUAGGAACAAGGAAUGAUUUAAGCCCAACCACUGUCAUGUCUGAUGGGACUAGAAAUAUUAUUGAAGGCAUGAAAGAAAAUGAUGUAAGAAGAGUAUCCUGUUGCAUUUCUUCUUUCCUGUUUUGGCCAAGGGAGAAAGUUCCAAAGCCUUAUAUUCCCGUGACCGAGGAUCAUGAACGAAUGCUGAAUGAGUUGAAAAAUAGUGACAGAGAAUGGGUUGCAGUACUUCCUCCUCAUAUUGCUGAGGAACCUGCAAAAGGAAAUUAUGAAAUCAAAAAUGAAGCGCCAGUUGGAAGAAUGAUAUCUAAAUAUGACUUGGCAGAUAUUCUAGUAGAUAUUUUGACACAAGAAGAUCAUAUUGGUCAUUAUGUUGGGAUUGGUUAUCCUUCGUGAAUUUCUUAAUUAGGGAAAAGGGAUUUUCUAUUUUUGUAUGCUAGCAAAAAGUGUCACAUUUUCACUAAUUUUGUAUUUGCUGCAGCUUUUUACAUAUCCUGUUUUAAAUUCUUAUAUUAUUUGCUUUUUUGUGCAAAUUUUUUAUUUAUAAUACUUACAUUUGUAAUGCCUAGUUUAAUCAGAUAACUUUUAAAAUUGUAUUAGACAAGUUUUCAGACAACCAAUAUUUAGUGUUAAUAUUUAUUGUAUAUAUUUUAUUCAUCAGAAAUUAAUCAUGUUAUAAAUGUAUUGAUAUUUUAUUUUUCUGUAAAGCUGGAAAUUUGUAUUCUUUGAAAUAAAAAAAUUUAAAAUAUUAA